AUGCCCUUUUCGGCGUCUCCCGGGUAUGGAUAUUUUUCUCAAUACCAGCCCGUCGUAUCGCUAGAUGGGUCAAAACGUCUGGGAGGAGCAGCGUUGCUGAACCACUUUUCGAACCAUUCGGCAGAAACACCACGGGGAGCUGACAUUUCGGCAAAAAUGCAUUCUCAAUGCAUCUCAUGUUGCCAAAAGACACCAAAACCUGGCAGGCAACAUCAAGGAUGGCCAGCAGCCCUAAUCGAGCCAGAUGCAACUGUAACCAAGUCCUUAGACUCCAUCGGAAAGCCUGGAGGAAGCCAUUAUCAGAGGCUAUAUGUGUGGGUGAGAAGGUCAACCUGGCGCCAAAAGCACCUCACGGUGAAGCUCGAUUUGCAGCAUGUGUUUAUUCGCAAGUAUCACGACUGGCUUUUCCCCAAGGACAAGCAAGGAAGAGCACAUCGACGUACGUUAAAACAGAAGAAAAAAAAGACACAAAUCACGUCAGUAGUUAACCUCGUCGGCUUCUUGUACGAGCUGCCUCCUAUUUGCCUCCAACAAGAACAAAUGAAUAGAUGCAAAAAAGGCUGCCAACUCAACUGCCAGGAGCAGCAGGGUCCUGGAGUCGAAAAGUUCUAA